UCUUCCUUCACAGAGGGACCUGUUUAUAUUAGAUCAUAAAUAUUUUUAUUGUUUACAACAGCUGUUUUGCGAAUCAGCUGGUAAAGCCAUGACACAUGUCUUUUUCUAGAUAGCAGAUGUUUUGUUUUUGAGCUUGACUUUGGGGACAUUUGACAGUUAGCAAAAAAAUAAAGCAGGGUUUUUGAAAUCAAAUUAUUAUUUUAUAAUAGAUGAUGCACAAAGUAUUUGUGUACGGCACUUUAAAGCGAGAUGAGCCCAACAACUAUUGGCUGUCUGACAAGAAGAAUGGCCACAGCGCCUACAUAGGAGAGGGUACAACUACGAAGAAGUACCCUCUCAUUAUAGCUACUAAAUACAACAUACCUUUUUUGAUAUUUAAGCCUGGCACUGGAAAUCUUGUAAAAGGAGAGGUAUACCAAGUGGAUGAUGCGAUGCUCGGCAAGCUGGAUAUACUGGAGGACCAUCCCAACUACUACGUCAGAGAGUUAGAUGACAUAAACACCAUUAAAGACAAAAGUAAUGAAGAAGUGAUGUUCAAGUGCUGGGUGUACUUCCUGAAGAAGUUCAAGCCGGAGCUGCUGCGGCGGCCGAUGCUGGAGAGCUACAGCUCGUUGGGCCCCCACGGCCUGCCCUACAUGGACAGGUCUAAACGAGAUCCUUACCAUAACUAUAAAAGCGAAAUUAAAGGGGAUAACGAGCCAAGCGACUCGAGCUAGGACAGGCAAAGCCAAGUUGAAUAUGAAACGCUUUGGGCGGAGUUGCAAAGUGUAAUAAAAAAGUGAACCCAUAGCUUUCGAUCCCUAAGUACUCUUAUUUUGUGAAUACUGCCUGUAAUAAUAGCUCAUGAUUUCGACUCGUGUGUUUGUAUAUCUUGAAUUAUUUUUCUUUUGCAAUUAUAUUUUUUGUGUAUUUUUUUUCGUUAUUUUUUUUGUAGAAAUUACUUUUUAUCAAAUGACUUAUCUACAAAUUUUUGCUUAUAUUUAGAACGUUAAAUUAACGAAAUAACAUAUGAGGUUAAUUUAUCUAGAGCGUGUUCAGAGAUCCGUGCGAUUACAAGUCGGAUUAUAAUGUAAUAUCAAUGCAGACUUUUGCGAAAUCCGUAAAAUAUCAAUAAUUAUGUACUUAGGUACUUGACGGCACAGCUUCGUUACAUACUAGAUAUAAUUCAAGGCAUUACCAGCAUUACGCACACAACACACUUCUUCGUCCAUACAGUUGAUAGCUCUGCAUUAGCGGAUGUGCACUCUUCGUGUAUAGGUGUGGGGAAAAUUUUGAAAUGUAGUGUAAGUCCCGAGGAUAAGGCGGGGAAAAUUAACAUGUAUUCAUCGUUUAGCAGUAGGCUACAACUGCUACAAGUGGCUAGUUGCAAGGUAGAACAAUCAGAAAUAGUCCAGGAAUUCUUCAAGUAACAAGUUUAAGACUGGGUGCAGGUAUUUAAAAUUGAAAAAAAUAUGAGAAUAGAUAUUUUUUGUGUGAA